AUUGAACUAAAACGGUUUGGCUAGUGCGAGCGUCGGUAGGUUGUUUUCGGAACGGCAUCUCUCACAUGCUGCUGCUUGCUGUCGUCAGAUUGAACGCGCGCGCGUUUUGUGAUUCUGGAAAACCUAAUAGCACCUAGCAAUAGUUAUAUCCAGGAGGUAGUUUUCGCAUCGGGGUUUUUCCACCUGUUUUCCGCGUGCGAGGCGCCGGCUUCCAAUUUGUUUGUUGAUUCGGUUGGUUGUCAACGUUACAGACGACUGUGUGUUGGUCAUCCGCGCGGGUCUAAUCUAAUCGAUAGUCAUUGGUGGGAUUGUCGACAAUAAUAGUGUUACUGGGGUUGUGGUGCCACAAUUUGCAAACAAAGCGGAUCUACUACUACAAUACCGCAGCGAAACCUUGAAGAACUGGUUGGUUUGGUCUGAUUGGUGUGUUGCAGUGUGCUGUAAUCGUCCAAGCUAAAGGACGAGACUCGUCGUUCGCGGUAGAAGUUGCAAAUCAGAAAUAAACAACAACCGAAUACACUAGGUUGAGGGUAGAGUAGAGUGAGUGGGCACACCCCUACUAUUUACCUCUUACCUCUUGGCGCUGCCUGGCUAGUGAAUGUUCGUGACCUUGGUGUCUCGAUCAGCACACAACACUGUUGAAGACUCACUCGUUGAACGUCUCUGAGGUUGUCUUCGUGUGGUGUCCACAGCGAAUCUCAGCCGGUGUCGUCUUCUAGUAAGUGAGUGAGUUCUAUACGCCCGAUGACGACGACGACGUAGCAGAACGAAUCGAAAACAGACAGUCAGUCAGAAGGCAGUGAGUCGUCGAAUGGAAUAAUAAUUAGUCGAAUAAAUAUAUAAAUCAUCCGUUUGCGGUUCAACUGCGCGAAAUCUCGUGAAAGUGUGCGGGUUGCCUCUUGGAAGACUACGACGAGGAUUAGGAGACUAGGUAGGAGACGGGAAGUACGGAUACCCAACGAUCCGUAGCGCAACAAUGAAGAAGUGCUAAUUCAGCCUAGAAGUUUGACAGAGUGAAACUGACCCAGUAAGUGCAGAAAGAAGUACUAGAGUAGGGUGAAGAAGCCUCCAAAGCCUACUUUUAACCACAACGCCUUGGAUCCGUAUCAAGUAUCCGAAAAGCCGUAACCACACAAAGAAGAGAAAAAAAAUCUAGCCCGGAUCACCGGUUUAUGUACUUCCACUAGCGGAUUUCAGUGGAUUUGCUUCACUCCGAAGUUUCUCCCCCACCUCGUGACAAUCAGUCCAGCAGUAGUGAAGUUGGGUUUUAUGAGUCGUUUCGGGAGUUACAGUUAAUUUCGCCCCCUUCUAAAUUACUUGACCCAAAAGUUGGGCCAGCACGUGUAGGCGGCCAAAAAGCCGGCUUCCCGUUAGUGCAGUUUCCUUCAACAGCUAAUGAAGAAGGCAGCAAAAAAAACCAAAACAACUAUCAAGUGUUGACAAAUAAUCCGCACCUGGUGUGGAAGGUGAUUGAAUUUCAAUGAAGACCCCCUUCUCGGUGAUUUAAUCGUGCUUUACCCGGGUUGGUUGUCGAUUUUUUUUUAAAUUUUGGGAUUGUGCCGGUUUAUGUUUCCCGAAGUACAAGAUUAAAAGUUUUGAAAAGAUUAAAAAAAAAGUUGUUCGGUUUAAAGCCGGUUUCCCGGUCAUCAAUAAAUACAUCCAGAGAAAAAUACAAAUCAAGUGUGUAAAUACAUUCCGUCAUUGUCAGCUGGUCAGUGUUUGUGAACAACAGGAAUACCAGUUUUUUUUUUUGCGGUUUGGAAGAUUUUUGUUUCCAGACACAAGUGUGUGAAUCAAAGGAUAUUUUUAUUAAACAGAAGGAUUACUCAAGUUCUGAAUCCCACCAUCGGACAAGCUGUUAACAAUGUUCAUGGCUGCUUGAAAUUUUUUAUGAUUCCACUUUUGAACCGAUCUUAUCCGGUUGACCCCUUCUCGAAUGAGCUAGCUGCCUCGGCCAGGGAGAGAGAGUAUGCUGACAACCGCCAGUGAACUACUGCCAUCGUUCAAUUUAUGCUGCUACUGAGACUAUCUCGAACAUAAAAAUCAACCGUGCAUAACAACAGGAGAUUUAUCUGCCACACUGUGCCGGGCAUCGGCAUUCGGCUAGAGCAAAUAGCAAACACCCAGUGGGGAACCUGCCCCAGACAGAGGAGAGCGAGUCAACGGUCACGCCAUGGACUCCAUCAUUCGGAUGGUGGCGUUCCUGUUUCCAUUUCUAGCGGCGUUACUCACGCACAAUUUGGCAAACUCAUUUCCGCAAAACUACGACUAUGUCAUCGGGGCGGACUAUGGAGCAGUAACCGGACUCAGUGGGAGUCCGGGAGCCGGAAGAAGGUCCAGUGGAUCCGGACAGGACCAGCGAUUCGUUUGUCCGGAGCCUACCCCUAGCAGCGAUUAUAGCUGCAUGUACGUGGGGGGUUAUUACGAAAUUCAAUCACCCGUCAUUAACCCGCAGCUGACCAUCAAAAUUGACCCGGGCAAAUAUGCUCAAAUCGAAUGCUAUGAUAAGCACGAAUUCGAUGACCUACCCCAUCUGAAUUUGGGCAACACCAGCCAGAUUAAAAUCACCCGAUGCAAGCUGUCCCAACACAAAUCAAUCCUACAGCACAUUAGUUUCCUGGGGGUUAAAAACAUCAAAGACUUUUGGUACCAAAGCUUGGGCAAGGAUUUCGGAGUAAAACUUGUCCAUCAACACUUUGACGGAAUGCGGAACCUCGAAAAACUAAUCCUCACCUCUGGAAUCGAGGACCUACAGCCGGACCUCUUCUCCGACCUGCCCAAUCUUAAGUGGCUCAACCUCCGCAGCAACUACGUAAAGCUGCUCCACAACGUCUUCGACAACCUCACGAACCUUGUCAUCCUGGAGCUCGCCAUCAACCAAAUCAACGAACUUGAACCAGGCCUUUUCAAAAACCAACGAAACCUCCGGCACCUGAACCUUUUCCGGAACCAGCUCAACAACAUCACCAAAGAGUCGUUCCGAGGAGCAGAAACGAUCCAGGAGCUAGACCUAUCAGCGAACGCCAUCGAAUCAUUCGACCCGGACGUCUUCUCCCUCCUACCGGACCUCACCGAACUCAACCUAAGCUUCAACCGGUUCACAACCCUCCCGGAGAACCUUCUCGCAGAAAACCGCAAGCUCAAAGACUUCCGCCUGGUCCACAACCAAGCUCCGAUGCAAACCCUCCCGGAAUCCUUUCUCGCCAAUCUACCCCAACUUAAAACCGUGAUCCUGAACCGCUGUAGCUUCACCCAUCUCCCAGCAACCCUGCUGAAAGGUUCCUCCGAAAUUGCGAUGCUGGACUUCAGCUACAACCAACUGACUUCGCUACCGGAACAACUUCUUCGUGACCAACUUCAACUUACGGAUCUAAACUUGGCCUAUAACGAGCUUGAGAUACUGCCGGAUCGGCUUCUGGACAACACCGUCAAGCUGGAGAAGCUUAGGUUGUCCUACAAUCGGCUGUACAAUUUGACUGCUAACGUAUUCUACGCGCUCGAGAACCUUCAGGAGCUAUACCUGGACAACAACUAUCUGCACUCGAUCGAUCGGAAUGCGUUCGACCGAACCAGUACCCUGGUCAAGCUGUACCUGCAGAACAACUUCCUCUCGUUCCACGACUUCAGCUUCGUCGAACAGGAACUGGACAUCGCCGAAGGGGACGGAACUCCGUUCCAAACCCUCAACAAUCUGCGGAUCCUGAAUCUACGCAACAACAGCAUCACUACCAUCUUCCGGGACUGGGCCGUCAAUGCAAUCAAGCUGGAGGAACUGGACCUGAGCUACAAUAACAUCUCGAUGCUCUCCUAUUCCAGUUUGCCGUUCAUAUCGUCGAGGAUCCGGGUCAAUUUGACGCAUAACAAAAUUUCCCAAAUUGAGUUGCGGGACAUGGAGCAAAUCAUCAUGGGACAACCGGAUUCGUACGUGAGCCAUGUGGAUUUGUACCUCAAUGAUAAUCCUUUGAACUGUGACUGUGUGCUGCUGCAGUUUAUUCAAUACUUGCGUCAAAUGAUGGGUAAACGGGUUUAUAAGACCAUUACCUUCAACGCUGACAACUUGCGUUGCGCCGAACCGAAGCAAUUUGAAGGUAGACUAGUCAGUAGCUUAGAGUUGGAAGACCUGUUCUGUGAUCUGGAUCAACCGGGAACGGAAGUCAAGUUGUGUCCGGCCAAAUGUCACUGCACCACUCGACCAUUCGAUAAGGCUUUAAUCGUCAAUUGUACCAAGCAAGGCCUUACUGAGAUUCCUCCACUUCCCGUACCAAGUAACUUUGCUCAUGAAUACACGGAGCUACACAUGGAGUAUAACAACGUAUCCGAGCUGCCGACCGAGGAGCUGACCGGAUAUUUCAGCGUGGGUAAACUGUUUAUGCAGAACAACUCACUUGUUCAGCUAUUGCCAGAAAACUUACCGAGCAAGCUACGAAUGCUGGAUGUCUCCAACAAUAGGCUCGUGGUUUUGAACCAGUCGGUCAUUGAAGUCCUCAACAGUAGCAAGUUCUUGGAAAACACUCGAAUGGCUGGCAACCGUUGGCAAUGUGAUUGCACCACUUCCGAGCUUGUUAACUUUGUCCAGCGGAACCAGCAGCGUAUUGGAGACAUCAACCAAUUGACAUGCGAGGGAGGAACUUCCUUUACCAGUGUCACUAUCAGUGACCUUUGCAACCGGGACCUCACCGUGAUACUAGGCUGGAGUAUCUCGUUGACCAUACUUUUCAUACUGAUCGCGAUAUUAACCAUUUUCUACUACCGUUAUAACAUGGAGAUCAAGGUUUGGUUGUUCAAGAACGGCCUUUUCUUGUGGUUGGUCACGGAAGAAGAAUUAGACAAGGAUAAGCUGUAUGAUGCCUUCAUCUCCUACUCGCAUAAGGAUGAAGAUUUCAUCACCGAACAGCUGGUGCCCACGCUAGAGAAGGAACCGAUGAACUUCAAAACCUGUUUACAUAUCCGUGAUUGGACCGCUGGAGAGAUGAUCAGUACACAGAUCAUAAAAUCCGUCGAAGAAUCUCGGCGAACGAUCGUGGUACUGUCCAGCAAUUUCCUGGAAUCUGAAUGGGGGAAAAUGGAGUUCCGGACGGCCCAUAUCAACUCGAUGAAGGAGAAGCGGGUCCGAGUGAUCGUGAUCAUCUAUGACGAAAUUGGAGACAUCGAAUCGCUAGAACCAGAGCUCAAAGCCUAUCUGAAGAUGAACACCUACGUCAAGUGGGGCGAUCCGUGGUUCUGGGAUAAACUCCGAUAUGCCAUGCCCCAUCCGCCGACCGUAAAGGGAAUCAAGGGUAAAGGCCUGAUCAAGAAUCACAUCAAAAGUUCAGUCGAUGACAAGCUGGAGCUGAUCAAGCCGGUCCCAGUUACCCCACCUCCACAAACGACCCCUCCGGCAGAAAUGAAUGGUCAUGCCCGCUCACCGUUUACCAUCACCAAUGGGAAAACCAUGAACGGCAACGGAUACCACGUAAAUGGACAUCUAGUCAACGGGUUCACCAAUGGUCACGUCAACGGAGCCUUCAUGAUCAACAGCAACGCCAAGCAGAGUGACGUAUAGUUGAGAGCCUCGAUGUCGUCCAUUUUCUAGGAACGACCUACCCAUCAACAAUGGUAGUAGCGAUAACCAAACCCCGAAAAAUACGACCAGACUGAGUGUGAGAUUAGCGAUGAAAUUGGUUCAAUGGAAAAAACAUACCUACACAACAAUCAACUGAUCGCUAAAGGUUUCCAUAACGAGAAACAUACAAAUUUAAUAGAGAG